AGCGUUGAGCAUCAAGCCUAAUUCGACUGCCGAUCUGCGCAGGGGGGGCCGUUCGUCCGCCAUGGUGCAGGUGCGAGGGCCCACGCUGACUGCGCGCGGCGCCUGGUGGAGGCCCUGGGAGGACGCGCUGCCGGUCAAGGAGCCCGAGGAGGCCGCCCCCGGGGUGCUGCCCGGCCUGGCCAACCUGGGCAACACCUGCUUCAUGAACGCCGUGCUGCAGUGCUUGCUGAACACGCCGGGCUGGCUCGCGGAGGCCUGCCGCGCAUUCGACCGCCCAGGCGGCGAGGGCGGCCAGCAGUCGAGCAAGGCGCUAUUAGGCCGCUGCUUCGCGCAGCUGGCGGCGGAGUACAACUCGACCCAGGGCCGCCCUCUCGCGGGCCGGAACGCGGCCCUGAGGAACAUGAAGGCGGCCAUCGCUGACCUCGACCCGCAGUACGCGGGGUGCGAGCAGCAGGACGCCUAUGAGUUCCUCGGCUGCAUGCUCGAGGGCCUGGAGGA